AUGGAAUCAGAAAACCGUCUUUGGCGAUUCACAAAGCCUGAAUGGCUCAAUAACUCAACCGUCCGAACAGCCGGAGUCUAUACAUCUGGCGCAUUGUUCUCGCUCGGUCUCUUCUUCCUCAUCGAUGUCUCUGCCUUCUCCGCAAGUUCCAAGAACGGGUCGAAUGUGCAUGUGAAAUUCGUUGAUUGGAUUCCUGGCAUCUGCUCCGCGUUAGGCAUGCUGGUGAUCAACUCAAUCGAGAAGUCGCGCUUGAGUGCCGAUAGCUUUAGUUAUAGUGGCAGUGGAGUGACUUGGAAAGCGCGAUUUGUGCUCUUUUUGGGUUUCGCGUUGCUGGCUGGUGGGUUGGCUGGCAGUGUGACGGUCAUGGUUCUCAAAUAUGUCAUGAAGAAUUACCCACUGCCGACGUUGUACUUUGGUAUUGCGAAUGUUAUUGCCAAUGCUUUGGUUAUGCUCAGCUCUGUCGUUCUGUGGAUCUCCCAAAACAUCGAGGACGAUUAUACAUACAACCUUGCUCUAUAA